GAUGUGUUCUGCGUAAUUUUGUAUGCAUAAGUUGUUCCUAUUGGGCGGGACAGACGCGCCAAGUGUCUCAAAGCGCUGGCGUGCAAGAGGGAAAUUCGUAAAAUUGAUUGCGUCGCCUCCUUUAGGCAUGCGUCCGCGACCUAGCUGUAAGAGUAUACGGCUUCUGUGCUUGGGGAACCGGAUUCGAAACCCAGUUUGGCUGGGAGAGGGCUUUUUUUUUUUUUACAGUGGUAAAGAAACGUUCGCUAUGACCUUUAGUUCCACGCUAAUACACUCAUUGUCAUAUCAAAUGCUUGACUAGAAUAACGAGACGUUCUUGCCAUAUCGGCUUCUGCGUGACUCCCCGCAGCUGCUACUCCGCUGCUGCCUCCUGGAGGAGGACCAGCAGCGCUUGCUGCAGAGCGUGUACACCAACUUGUCGCUCCCGACGAUGAACGACACGGGGUGCCUGCGAAAUUUGGCCCGCUGCGUCAUCUACCCCAAGGAGAGAGUGGAGUGCCUGCGGCUCCGUAGUCGCUAUGGGCCCAACGUCCUCACCUUGCUCGAGCCCUGGGAUUCUUUCACGGUCUAUAACCGGGAACAUGGCCCCGGCAGCGUCCUUUGCAAGCACUUUGUCUUCUCCCGGGUGGUGGCCUUAGUGAUUGUAGCCACCAACGCACUGCUUUUAUCAGCAUUCUGCUACUUGGUGUACACAGUCUUCUAUGUUCUUACCAUGCUCGGGAGGAUGCGUGCGACAGCCCACACUGACCCCGUUGGCCGCGGGGGCGCCAAUGAUGGGUCGACAGCAGCGCUGACAGCCAACGACAAUGCGCGAGCCGUCGUCGCCUGACGGCUUGCCCAGCGCAUGUGAUCGGUGUCCGAAAUGACGACGUUCACAAGCCGACCAACGAGUCACGCAUCCUGAUAAGAGACAGACAUGUGUUGCGAUCCCGCUCUCCCCCGACCCCCCUUUCGUAUUUGUUUUUGCCUCAAAAGCGCUUCCGUUCCUUUUUCUUCCGACAGGAUCUGUAAUAAUUAUACUUCACGACCAAUAUAUUCUGUACAGGAAAAUUAAGUGUAGGGCACAUCAUAUAGAGCAUUCGUGGGCGCCAAAAUUAGGAUCUUGGAACAAACUAUAUGUCGAGUCAUUCUUACGGUAAUAAAUAAUUCUUCAGUUGUUGGGAGCGUAGUAAAACAGCGACAACAAAUUUUGUUUCCUUAUUCUUUUCACUUCGCUACGCAAUAAAUUUG